AUGACGUGCGCUCGACACUCGAACUCCUACGAGGGCUACCUCCAAAUCUCCGAGAAACAGCUGGAGAAGGUGGUCGCGGGAGGCCGCUUCUCCGUCGAGCAGCUCGUCGACAUGCACUCGCCCAACCGGCCGGGCGGCCUGCUGCAGCUCGCCGAGGGUGGCGACGCCUCGGAUCACCACCACGCGAUCGUCCUGUUCACGCCGACGGACUGCGACCCCGAGCUCGGCGUCCUCUCCGUUAGCUUCGUUGGCCGCUGCGCGUGCGGGGAAGGCGCCCGCGGUGGCGGCCGGCGGCCGGCAACAGGCCCGCUCGGGCAGGAGGCGCAACGUGCGCUACACGCCGUCGAGGCGGAUCGCUCGAUGCUCAACGCGAAGCACGGACUCGGCGGCCUCAUGCCGCUCUGCGCCGAUCGUCUCCGCAUGGCGCUCGUCACGCCCGCCCUCGAGGCGCUCUUGCUGCGCGCCGUCGCCACCUCCGCCGCGUCGCAGCCACUGGUGGCGGUCACGUGCGAGCGUCUCCACCCGCCCCCGGUGGACGGCGCCCCGCACACGGUGCUACUGCUGCAGCGCGCCACCUUCGAAAAGACGCGCCUCGGCGAAGGUAUCCUGCCUCUCUCUGCCGACCUCCUCCUCCUCUCGCCUUGGUGCGAGCACGACGGCCGCCUGCUCGGCCACCAUUGCCAGGCUGUCGAGCCCGGCGCCGCGGAGAAAGCCCUCGCUGGCAGCGAAGGCGGCGGGGGCGCUGCUUGCUUUGGCGGGGGGCCGUGA